AUGGACAUGGACAUGAGCUCAGCUUAUCCCCACCAUUGGCUCUCCUUCUCCCUCUCCAACAACUACCACCAUGGCCUCCUUGAGGCUUUCUCCAACUCGUCCUCCGCUCCUCCGCCGCUUGGAGAAGAGGGCGCCGUGGAGGAGUCGCCAAAGAUAGAGGACUUCCUCGGCGGCGGCGGCGGCAUGGGUGCCCCGCCGGCGACGGCUGCAGAGGACCAGCUUGUCUGCGGCGAGCUGGGUAGCAUCGCCGCCGGGUUCUUGCGCCAAUACCCGACGCCAGGGGCGGUGGAGAACCCCGGUGCGGUGACCGUGGCGAUGUCGACGGAGGUGGCGGAGUCCGAUCAGGCCAGGAGGCCCGUCGAGACGUUCGGGCAGCGCACGUCAAUCUACCGCGGUGUCACCAGGCAUAGGUGGACAGGGAGAUAUGAGGCGCACCUGUGGGACAAUAGCUGCCGCCGGGAAGGCCAAAGCCGCAAAGGCCGCCAAGUCUACUUAGGAGGUUAUGAUAAGGAGGAGAAGGCGGCGAGAGCUUAUGACCUCGCCGCACUCAAGUACUGGGGUCCGACAACGACGACGAACUUCCCGGUGUCAAACUACGAGAAGGAGUUGGAGGAGAUGAAGUCGAUGACGCGGCAGGAGUUCAUCGCGUCGCUCCGCAGGAAGAGCAGCGGCUUCUCGCGAGGUGCCUCCAUCUACAGAGGAGUCACACGGCAUCAUCAGCACGGCCGGUGGCAGGCAAGGAUCGGCAGGGUGGCCGGAAACAAGGACCUGUACUUGGGCACUUUCAGCACUCAGGAGGAGGCAGCAGAGGCGUACGACAUCGCGGCGAUCAAGUUCCGCGGGCUCAACGCCGUGACCAACUUUGACAUGAGCCGCUACGACGUCGAGAGCAUCCUCAACAGCGAUCUGCCAAUCGGGGGUGGGGCAGCUGGCCGUGCCUCCAAGUUCCCAUUGGACUCGCUGCCACCAGCGAGCGCAGCUGCCAUGAUCACCGGGGCGGUGUCACAGGCCAUGCCGCCGUCCGAGAAGGACUACUGGUCCCUACUCGCCCUGCACUACCAGCAGCAGCAGCAGCAGUUUCCAGCCUCCGCAUACGAGGCCUACGGCUCCUCCGGCGUGAACGUGGACUUCACCAUGGGCACGAGCAGCCACAGUGGCAGCAACACCAGCAGCGGCGUCAUGUGGGGUGCCACCGUGGGUGCAAUGGGGCAGCAGGACAGCAGCAGCAACAAGCAGGGAAACACCUAUGGAAGCAACAUUCCUUAUGCUGCUGCAGCUAUGGUUUCUGGAUCAGCUGGCUAUGAGGGCUCCACUGGCAACAAUGGCACCUGGGUUACCAGCAACACCAGCGCGGCCCCCCAGUACUACAACUACCUGUUCGGGAUGGAGUAGGUGAAACUGACAAAGCAAAGCUAGCUGAAAUCAGGUGAUAGGCCUAGGAAGCUAGGACUGACAUGGAACUGGUCACAAUUUUGGCUGCCUACGAUGUGCCCAUGUAUGGAUGCAAUGCAUCCUUCUGCUAUUCAUAAUGUUUCCUGACAUAGUACUGUAGCAGAGAACUCAUGUACCAUCAGCAUUUCUAAAUUCUAAUUCAAAAUCGUUUUUAGUUACUUGGUC